AUGCCCGCGGUAACCAGACCAGUCCUUCCUCCUCUUCAGACCCCCAAGACGGCGUCGUUCCCCUCCGAGAUUGUCGCGACACCGAUUUCAUGCGUCUCCGCUGUGGUCAAGCAAGAGAAUGCGAGUCUGAGCACUCCCAUUACACCGCCCGUUGCCUACACCGAGUUCCUCAAGGCUCUGACUCCUGUCCUGGCCAGUCCUCCAGUGAGCAGCGGUCUGCAGAGGUCGUUGUCGGACGAGUCGACAUGCACCAGACACUCCUUGAUAUCCAACGCAUCUACGUCUUCCAGUCUUUCCUCCAGCAAAAGCGAAAGCCACAAGUCGCCAUCCAGUUCCGUCCCACCGACUCCGUACGCUCGCAAAACUCCUACUCACCUGAGGCGGCUGCGGAUUCCACAUUCUCCAGCCUUUUCUCCAUCCACCGCUGGGCCUUCUCCGCGCACUGCCAUGAGCGGCAUGAGCACUGGCGGCGUCUACUCUCCAUUCUCGCCAGCUGACUGGAAUUGUGAGAGCGCGACACGGCGGUAUUUCGAGGCGCCAAGGAGUGCAUGUCCAAAGUCGGUCAACGUUCGAUCUGUUGUGACGAGGACAGUGACAUACAAACGGUCGCCGCCCCUCGACCCGGCACCCAAGGGAAAGAAACGCAAAACCGACGCCAGUGACAUGCCGCCGCCACCCAGCUCGAAGGACUUUGCCGGCAUCAAGGCUAUUGACUUCCCUUCAACUCUGAUCGAUUCACAGACAAGUGCCAUCAGUUCCCCUUCUGCAUCGGCCAGCUCUAGUCCGGCGGUAGUCAGUCCCCCCACGACUGCUGUCGCAUAA